AUGGCGUCCAAAUCAAGCGUCCCAACUCAGAACGACAUCCUCGUUCCUGAGACGCUGCUGAAAAAGCGGAAAUCGCAGGAGAAAGCCCGCGAGGAGCGCGCGCUUGCGACUAAGGAGAAGCGAGACAAGAGCAAGAAGAAGCGGGAGGUCAUCUUCACGAGGGCGGAGAAGUAUGUGAAGGAAUACCGCGAUGCAGAGAAGGAGAAGAUACGGUUGUCGCGCGAGGCCAAGAAGUCGGACAGCUUAUACGUUCCUGCCGAGGCCAAGCUCGCUUUCGUCGUGCGGAUAAAGGGUAUCAACAAGAUUGAUCCCAAGAAGCGCAAGACUCUCCAGCUGCUGCGCUUGCUGCAGAUCAACAAUGGCGUCUUCAUCAGGCUCACCAAAGCCACACUGGAGAUGCUGAAGAUUGUUGAGCCAUUCGUCGCCUACGGAUACCCCAACCAGAAGUCCGUCCGCGAACUCAUCUACAAGCGCGGGUAUGGCAAGGUUGACAAGCAGCGUCUUCCGCUCACCGACAACGAAAUCAUCGAGGAGAACCUCGGCAAGUACGGCAUGAUCUGUAUGGAGGAUCUCAUCCACGAGAUUUUUACGGUCGGUCCCAACUUCAAGCAGGCUUCGAACUUCCUUUGGCCUUUCAAGCUCAACAGCCCAACGGGCGGCUUCCACAAGAGGAAGUUCAAGCACUUCAUCGAAGGUGGUGACCUGGGCAACAGAGAAGACAAGAUCAACGAACUGAUCAAGCAAAUGAACUAAACGUAAACGACAUGUUUUCAGUUUGCGGAUAUGGUGCGUCGAAGGUUUGUCCGACGCACAUUCUUCAUUGAGCAUUUACACCGGCGACCGGGCGUUUGGGGAAGGUCCGAGAAUUCUUGGAUCAUGAACGAGUCCACGUGCAGACGCAUGGCUUCUCGGAUUGGGAAAAAGGUCUCAGGCGUUUUUGGAUUCAUGUGAUACCGAGACACGUCCACGGAACAGAUAGUGUGUGCAAUCUGGGCGAAAGUCUUCUUCGCUGUGUGUAUAUGACACGAAUUUCGUUAC